AUUUAAUAAUAUAAUUGCAGAAGAUCUAUUUUUAUUAUUUUGAUUACUGACCACUUUUGUAGUUUCUGGUUUUAUAUCUUUGCAUUAUGCAUUUGAGCACUUUGCAAACAGAUCCCAGUUAAACACCGCCAUUCAAUUUCCAAAGUUGACGACCUGACUCGGGGCAAACUUUGCAUCCUUUUGGUGUUUGAAGUACUCUUCCAUCUGCCAAAAUGAGUUGCAGGGGACAUGUGAGAUGGGACGAAGCUAAUAUUGGAAACAUUGAGGCAACCAAACCUGUGAGGCAAAAAAUUACUGAGCCGAAGACUCCAUAUCAUCCCAUGCUGGAAGAUGACAGCUCUCAAUCUCCUGGAAGAGUAGGGUAUGAUGAAUGUGUUGAUGAGAAAACCGACCAAGCAAAUGCUGAAGAAACUGCUUUUGAUAAAGCGACCUGUUGCAGCAGAAAAAAAACUAGGCAAUCUGAUGGCUGGUCUUCAUCCGAGGAUGAGAUAGAAACAGUAGAGCAAAUCGAUGAAGAUGCCAGUUGUAGUUUUAAAGAGCACCGAAGGGCCCACUAUGAUGAAUUCCUUAAAGUCAAAGAACUGAGACAGCAGGCUGCUCUUCUAGAGAAUGGAAGUGACGAGGAGAAUAAUACUGAGCUUGCUGAGGAGAAGAAAUCUGACAUAUCAUCUCCAGCAAGUGCUAAGUAAAGGAGGGAAAUGGAUUCUAUUCGAUUCUUCCAACUAAAUGUUUCUUAUAUACAGUUUAAUGAAUAAAACCCACUUGGUGGUUUCAUUACUUGUAUUUAUGGAAAGGAAACAGCUGAUCAAUUAACUGAUUCAUUUUUUCAUUCAUGUAUAGAUAGUUUAUGUUUCCA